UGGAGUGUCACCAGACACUGGUGACACUGAUGAAGGCGAAAGGAAUCGCCCAAACAUGUCAGAUGGAGGUGUUCUCCGCGCUGAUCAACAUCAGCCAGCACUCGGCCAGCCUGGCAGAAAAGGUGGUGGAGGCGGAGAUCUUCCCUGCAGCCGUGGACCGCCUCAGAGACCGUGAUGAAGACGUCAGGAUGAACGUUGCUCAUGCAGGAGGUGGUGAAACACUCGUUGGAGCUGUCGCAGACCAUUGUGAACUUUGAACUUUGGUGCCCUGGUGGACUUUGGUGGACCAGUGAUCAACUAUCUGGCUCACUGUCGUGGAGUCCUGCGGGUGCCGG